GGUUAUACUUGAGCGCAUGCGUAUUUACAUGAAGUCGACGUCAGCUUUCGAGAACAUACGUGGCCUUUACACAGAGCAGUCACAAAAAGAAGUAUUCAGAAAACUCCGUUGGACCAAAACCUUUCCAACAUGGACCAAGUAAUGCAAUUUGUGGAGCCCAGUCGGCAGUUUGUGAAGGACUCGAUAAGGCUUGUGAAGAGGUGUACCAAGCCUGACAGAAAAGAAUUCUCGAAGAUUGCCAUGGCCACAGCGAUAGGUUUUGCUAUCAUGGGCUUCAUUGGUUUCUUCGUCAAACUCAUCCACAUCCCAAUCAACAACAUCAUUGUUGGUGGUUGAAUAUCUCCCCUGACUGACUACCUGCAACUGGACAUGGGAUCAAAGUGCUGAUGUUUUUUAAAAAUACAUAUUAUAAUUAUCUUCUGUUCAUAUUUGUUUGCUUUGUAAAUAAAUUUGGAUUAAUAAGA